AUGAGGCUGUUGUAUAGAAGUGGUCCAAUGGAUUCUCUCAGAAAAUGGUUCUACAAACCAAAGAGGGACGACCGUUCACUACUAGCGCAAUUCUUCUUCGCGGACGAUGCGCUCAACAUGAUUGCGGCGGAACUGGACUCGUUCGACGGUCGAAAAGACCCCGAGAGGUGCUCGACGCUCGUCAAUCAGCUCCGUCAUGCGCAGGAUCGAGUGUUGAACAUAACCAGUCAGAUCAUGGAUCAAGUUCUGGGGGACGAGCGGGUGGCGAGGGGGUUCCGUGUCAAGUUUCCAGAAGACGUGCUGCAGGACAACCUCGCUGGACAGCUUUGGUUUGGAGCUGAGUGCCUCGCAGCUGGUUCCUCUAUAAUGAACCGGGAAGAAGAGUCAGCAGCGAUGCGGCCGCUGGCCAAAGCUCUCACGCGCAGUCUGGAGACGGUCCGCUCUUUGCUGCGAGAGCAGUGCCAGAGACCUCGCGGCCUCGCCCUGCAGGACCACGACGAUAUGUUGCACGAGAGCCUCCGUAUAUUUGACAGAUUGUUCGCCGAGUUCGAGUUAUGUUACGUUAGCGCAAUGGUUAACGUGAAGACACCGCACGAGUUCGAAGCCCAGCAACUUAUCUGUGUGUUGUUCUCGGAGAGUUUACGUCGCGCACUCAAACAUAAUUUACUAAAUCAGGAACAGGUGGAUUCUUAUGAUCCGGCACUUAUGUUUGCGGUGCCGCGUUUAGCCAUUGUAAGCGGUCUGCUUAUAUACUCUAGUGGGCCGCUCUCCAUUGACAAGUCACCAGAAGAGAUGUCAGAUAUGUUCCGCCCGUUCCGGACGCUGCUGCACAAGAUACGCUCCUUGCUGUGGACGCUGGACCGACGGGAGCUAUUAGCAUUAGAAAGAUUGCUAUGCACCAAUGAAGACGUUUCCAGCCUCGCCGGUUUGGAAUUGGCUCCUGUUGAAGAUUCAUCUGCUGAUUCGUGCUAUCCGGAUAUCGGUGAAUUUGUAUCGAAAUUCUACGCUGACCACGCCCACUGCCAAGACUUGUAUACGCAACAAAGUGAACCAACCAUCACCGAGGCGGAUUAUCUUCCAGACAACAUAGAAGUGAUGACACCCAUCAUCGACGGACUUAGACGCCUCACCGGCCACACAGAUGAACGAGAAUCCGAACAGGAAACAGACAAACUAACAGACACAGCAAGCACAGACACCUUUCAAACUAACGAUAGUACUUCGGAUAGAACGAGAAAAAUAAGCAGGGAUACCGACCUGUCCUCCAUAAGAAACCUCUCGACUAACGGUUUAAUGACAUUCGAUCCGCUAUUAAUAAAUGCUGUGUCGACGUCUACAGACAACAGACAGAUACCAGACCAAGAACUUGUGACGUCAUUGAACGAACAAGUUACCGAAAUAGCGGAUAGAUUGUCCUCUAUCGUCAGUGAAGUUGACAUUCUAGAUCAGAUGCAUUCUUUCUCGACUAAUGACGUCACACUGACAGAUGACACCGAGGCCUUCGGGUUUUCGGGACCAAGGAACGAACAAUUGAGUUGUAUGCCGAGUACUAGUCACGGAUAUUUGAUUCCGAACGCGAUCAGCCAAGAGCCAGCGGUAUUGGCGUCUCUGUCGCACAAUAACUCGGCGGUAUUCAACCAAGACGACGAAGCUAUAUCUAGCGAUCUUCCAUUCAUGAUGCCCGAUAUAGACGCGGAAAUUGUCAAUACAAAUAUCACUAUCGCGAAUGUAAACCUAAGUUCCUUACUGUUGACCAAUGAAGAAUUUAGAAAUAUAAUCGAUAACGAUAACAGUGAGGACAACGCUAGUUUCCAUUCCGCUAAAGAGGACGAUAGAGUUAAAUUUAUAUUAGGUUAUGAGAGCGAGCCCGAAUCGCCGGUGGAUUCGGGAGUCAGCACAGAAAACACGAGUCUAGAUAGAUCGCCGGAUACGGACCAAAAUAAGAUUAAGGACAAUUUCGAUCAAGAUAGAAGCGAGGUGGAGAGGUUUAAUAUAGAUAAUGUUGUUAAUAUUAAUUAUAAGGAGGAGGAUGAACAGAAGAACGAAGCUGGUUCGUCCAACCUAGUUAUAGAUAGAUUGAACGGGGAGAGUUCUCAUAAUGUAAAUAAUUGGGAUACAAAUAGUGAUAUGGAUGAAGUUAUUUCAGAAUUACGUAUACUUUCCGAUAAAAACUUGAGUGCUGCUGUAGAAGAUAAUGCGGAAGCUGCCAAUUCUUCCAGUAGUGGCAGAAAGAAGAGAAAGUCUGGGGGAAAAAAGAGUAAGAAGAAAAAAUGGUCGCCGAGUAUGGUGACAUUGGAUAGUCGACGUAAUCAGAACACACCGCUUAGAUUGAAUUUAGAUCACUUUGUGGAAGAAAGUGGAACAUCAUGCGGUACAUCAGAAUGUGCGGACGACGAACAAAUAGCACUCGCUUUGCAAGCUCAAGAGCUUGCAGCCAGACAUCAAGCCAGAGCCAAAUUUAAGUCAAGUGAAGAUCUCAUCCACCGUCUCUUCGUCUGCAUAGCGGGCGUAGCGGAUCAACUGCAGACGAAUUUUGCAGCGGAUCUAAGAAAUAUACUCAAAGCCGUGUUUCUUAUGAACCAGACUACUGACACGCCUCCAGAGAAAGAGGAGCCGCCUCCAGCUAUCGAGUACCAACCCACAGAGGACCAAGUUAUACAGAACGGCAGCUCAUUUGACAGCGUCUACUCAGCUGAAGAAGUAUACGCAGACAGCAAUUCGGAUACGCCGUCAGAGAGCACCCACACUGAGAGACGAAACACCAUGAACUCCGCUAACAGAAACGAGACUAACGCCAGUGAGGGUAGACGGAAAUCCGUCGACAAUUCUAGGAAUUUGCAGGCGUCUGUCUCUACCGGCGAUCUCACUUUAAGUGGUAGAGAAGAGCGCGUGCGCGGCGUGGAGCGUGCGCCGGAGUGGGUUCCGGACAUCGCGGCGCCGGCCUGUAUGCGCUGUAGCGUUCACUUCACAGCCCUCCGUCGCAGACACCAUUGCAGAAAUUGUGGUAAAGUGUUUUGCGCUUCGUGUAGUUCGAAUUCAAUACCUCUCCCUCGCUACGGGCAAAUGAAACCAGUCCGUGUUUGUGAAGAGUGUUUCCAAGGAGCGGCGAGAAGUUGCAGGCGGACGUCAUAUCGGUGA